AACCCUUGUUGUUCGAACAUUGCCUCCCUGAAUUGGAACUGAAAUUUUAGUACUUUUAAACGUCGAUCAAGUUCAUGAGAGGAGGACGAUAAUUAUCCACCAUGGCCAUCGCAAGGCCAGUCCGCGCCUUAGCGCUAGCUAUCUUUAUAGUCUGCUGUUUCUUUCUAUACACAAUAUGGCGCCCGGAAUCCCCUGAACGGACUAUCAAGACCUCCGCCGACUUCCAUGGCACCGUCGAUAGAGACCCUCAAUUAGAUUUCGUAGGGGAACCCGAGGGCAAGCUUGUGCGCGCAACCGAAGGAUACGCUCCAGGCGUCGCUGGUACCGCACGAAUCAAUGCGACGAUUUUGGCAUUGGUGCGAAACGAAGAGUUGGAUGGCAUGCUACAAUCCAUGCAAGACUUGGAAAGAACUUGGAAUUCGAAAUUCAACUACCCCUGGACAUUCUUUAACGACGUUCCCUUCACCGAAGAAUUCAAAAGAAGGACUAGGGCGGCAACUAAGGCAGAAACUCGAUAUGAGGUUAUUCCGAAUGAGCACUGGGAUGUUCCAUCCUGGAUUAACAAUGACUUGUAUAAGGAAUCUGUCAAGAUACUCGAGGAGAACGAUAUCCAGUACGCGGAUAAGAUUUCAUACCACAAGAUGUGCCGAUGGAACAGUGGCCUAUUCUACAAGCAUCCUGCCCUGAAAGAUGUGCAAUACUAUUGGCGUGUCGAACCCAACGUUCACUUCUUUUGCGACGUCGACUACGACGUGUUCCGUUACAUGAACGACAACAACAAAACUUACGGUUUCACUGUAACUCUCUACGAUGCACCAAAAUCUAUCCCAACUCUCUGGCCGGAAACAAAUAAGUUCCUUACUCAGCAUCCGGAGUAUUUGCACGAAAACAGAGCUGAGGGAUUCUUGACCGACGGCACUCGUCGACCUGUCCACUGGGACCAAGCCAAUGGUUACACAACGUGCCAUUUCUGGAGCAAUUUCGAAGUGGCAGACUUGAACUUCUGGCGCAGCCAAGCAUACGAGGACUACUUCAACCAUCUUGACCGAGCAGGUGGAUUCUUCUAUGAAAGAUGGGGCGACGCACCCGUUCACAGUAUCGCUUUAGGUCUCUUCGAGGAUAAGAACAAAAUUCAUUGGUUCCGCGAUAUUGGAUACCAACACAUUCCAUUUUUCAAUUGUCCCAACUCACCAAAAUGUAGAGGCUGUGUCACUGGUCGUUUGACCGACGGUGAAGCGUGGUUGAACAAGGAAGAUUGUCGACCUCUUUGGUUUAAGCAUGGCCACAUGAACUGAACAUAAUUUGGAAGGGAAGGUUUAAGUUGGAUGAAAUACAAUGGCUGCAUGAUAUCGUCUGAUGCUGUAUUAAUGUCUGGGAAGCCCCUCCCCUUAAUGGAUAAGGCUAGCAUGGCGGCAUGCGGUGUUUUUGGCGUAGAAUGGGAUGUCACUUGAUAGAGGCGGAUUGGUUUCUCA